CUCCAGUGAUCCCCGGCCCAUCAUCACGAAGCGAGACGCAGCUCGGGAUUGCAGCAACACGGCGGCUACUUACAUGAACUGCGUGCGGGAACCUGCCCGAGACAGAUUUGCAGACUUCAAACAGUCCCUACUUGACUCGACCAGAGCCUCACACGAUCACUCGGCAACACACACACCAACACGCCUUCCCGUUCACUGCCGCCAGCAUUGAUCGACGCCUCUCGUUGUUGAUGAUAGCCGCCGACGAGCUCACCUCUACCGCGCCCUAAGCUGAUCGCCGCCGCACACCCCACACCCCUCCGCCCACCAUGGCAGUCAACGAGCGGAUAUCGCAUCUCAUGAGUGCCCUCGACUCCAGUACCGGUGCAGACAACUCGCGAGCGACAUCUCCUGGUGGCGACUGGCGCGGCGCCAAUGGCACAGUCAAUGGCGAGGACAGCAGAAGCCGCCCACGCACAUUCCCGUACUUCGAGUAUCUGCCUUACCAGACCGAAGAUCACAGCGAGCGCCUGGAGAGCUUGAAUACAUGUUUGAAGCACCUCUACAUCGCCGUGUCAGCCGGGGACUUUGCCCCCGGUGCCGUGCACUGGACGCGCGAGAUUCGAGGCUGGCUCUCGCUCAAGUUCGACCUUCCCCGCAGCACACGAGUAAAGCUUGUAAAUCUAUACUACGAGCUGGCUCUUGCGCCUGGGCUGGACUACUUGGUCGCAGAGCGCUUCGCCUCCAUGUUCAUGGUUUUGACCAAGCGAAAGCACUACCUGCGCCCCGGCAAAGACCUCAUCCUCGAUUGGCGACCGCUGUACAGGGAACUGAAGCUGUUCGUCCUGCCUUCGGAGUCCGGUGGCGCCCACCCACCAAAUGUCAAGCGCAACAUCCGAACGUUGACGAAGAUGUGCACUUUUGCACAGCUAUACUUCGACCCGAACGAGAUACCUGCUAUGUUUGAAGAGCUCUUGCCCUUCUUCAGCACCUCUUUCAGCGAAGGCGCGUUCGUUGUGGUGGGGCUGCUGAACCUGCUCCUGCCAACAAACGCUGCCCCAGAAGACAAGCCAAAUCUUCUGCCGCAGGAGUAUCUGCCUACGUUCUUCCAUUGCUGGUCGCUGGUGAACCGUUCACGGUUGUUUGAUGCACAUUUCAUUGAUACAAUCUCCAGAUUGGCCAGAGACAAUCUAACCGCACCACAUGUUCCUUUCUCGCAAUAUGGCAUGUUCACGACGGAGCAGAACUCGCACAUCUUCACAGCGAUCUUGCGUCUGCUCGAAAUCCCUGUUGGCCAGGCGACAUCGCCGUAUAGUUCUGCGGUCGACCUCGGCGCUGGACUGGCAGUCAUGCUAGACAGGGACCAGCGGAAGCACCCUUCGACACAUCACAUAGCUCGGUUCAUCGGCAUGUCGUUAUCGCCUGCGUGUGUCGAUCAUUCAGACUCGGUACUAAGCAAGCUGGAAGGUCUGAUCCAGGCUGUCGAAACGUUCUUCCACCCAUCGAACUCCGGUAGUUGGACGAGGCCACUCGCACAGCUAGUGUACUACCUCGCAGACUUCUUUGUGCUGCGAUGGAACCGGGAACACAGUGGCGAGAUGGACGUACCCAAAGAGCGGCAGCUGAACGACGAAGUCAAGAGGCGCUUUGUGCUGUGCCUGCGAGAGGUCACGUUCAUGGGCAUUUUCAGCAAGAGCGACAAGGCCGUCCAAUAUGCGUUGUCAACGCUCCAGAGCUUGGCGUAUCUGGAACCGAACCUCAUUCUACCAGGUGCACUGCAGCGAAUCUAUCCUGCUAUGCAGGGUCUUGUCGAGGUACACCGAACAAUCUCUUCCAUUCGUGCGUUGCACAUGCUUUCUAAAGUCAUGGCAAAGACGAAAGGCUGGCGGUGUCACGUUACGACCGUACUCGGGCUUGCGCUGCCUGGUAUUGACGCCAACGACCUGGAGAAGACGUUGCAUACGCUGCAGUACGUGCAGGGCGUCUGCUACCUGGUGCCGUUCCACGACCUCACCAAGGCGAAGAAGACCAUAAGCUCCUCUCAAGACGGCACAGAUACGCCACAAGAGGACAUGGGAGGUGACACAGGUCUUGCCAUGCAAUGGAUCACGCAGCAAGUCGAACGAUUAGAAACCGCCAAUGGCAACAUCGAGAUCAACUAUGACGAAGAGCUUAGCGACGAGGACGAACAGAUGAUUUUGAGAUCCUCCACGACAGGCCUGAACGAGUUCCUAAUCUCGUUUCUUGGCCGCGUCUUCACGCUUCUUGAGAACCUACCAGAUGCCUCGCGAGUUCGUAGUGGAUCCCCUGAGGAGUACGUGGUAAAUCAUUUGCCAGCUGCGUUCACACCGUUGCUCGCCGCGCUUUCGCCUGAGCUCUACGAUGUUGCACUCGACAAGAUUGCCAACUUCAUUUCGAAUCAUGUCAUCCACCAAGCUCGAGAUGCAAUUGCUUUCAUCUGCAACAGCCUUGUUAAGAUCAACCCUGAGAAAGCACUGAAGCGUCUUUUGCCACACCUGUUCGCUGGCAUUCGUACAGAGAUUGAAGACAUCGGCGCCGGCUCGACACGAACCACUGGUGCUGAGGUCCUUCCACGCGACCGUGCCUUGGUUUGGAACUUGAGCAUCUUGAGCAUGUGUGUUGUGCAUGUCGGUGACGCUGUCCUCGAGUGGAAGGACGAGCUAUUCGAAAUCGCAGAGUACAUGCAACAAAAGUGCCGUGGCACGCCUACUGUGCAUGUCUCGAACUUCAUUCACCACCUCCUUCUCAACCUAACUUGCACAUACACAAUUGACUACGAUAUCUACGAGCAAGAUGAACUUGCCCAGGGUAUCACUGCAGAGUCAUGGGGAAGGCAGGUUGAUGUGAAGAAGCUGAACAUCAAAUGGCACAAUCCCAAGCCUGAAGAGGUCGAAUUUGCCGUCAGACUGUUCGAAACACAUGCCAGCAAUUCCAUGAGUGCUCUAAAGGCACUCAUCUCAGCAGAUUCGCCUAUCAAGCGAGAAGGCACUGGAAAAGACUGGUCCGAUGAAGUGUCGAGAAACCUCGUGCUUCUGAGAUUGAUCAUCUCCGGCAUAUCUGUAUUGUUUGAUGUCCGACAUGAUCAAGUCAGCGGAAGCAUCGAUGCCGCUUCGGACAGUGGCUCAGAUGCCGAUGCGAUGGACACAGAAGGCAUCGAUGACGACGCCGGUUUAGGUGAAGCGGAGGAUGAGGAGGUGAAGCCCACGUUCCAGUAUGAAGCUGGAUACCCCUUGUCUCGCGAUGCCAAUGACUACAAGCUUAUCCAUGAUCUUCGUCAUGGCGUCGGCGAGAUCCUCCACGAUGUUCACCGAUUCCUGAUCGAGAAGCAGCCAGACGACGUACCCUGCUUCAAUGCUUUGUACAACGCUUACCGAUCUUGGUUCAUUGAUGUGGGUAUCGAACGCUCUGCGCAUGUUCUUGACCGAAUAUCGAGACUCCUUGACAACGACGAGCAGCCGUUCAGGUUUAGCGGGUCGCGUAAACAGUACCCUCGACCACUGCUCGUCCGACGCGCCAACGUAUACCACCUACAGCGUCUUCGACACAACGCUAAUCCGCGACCAAAGACUGAGCUCGACAAGCAGCUGUUGUUAGAUCUUGCGGAAUCUAGCAUCUCGCUGUACACAGAGAUUCGACGUACAGCUCAGACUGCAAACGAAUCAGCAGUGAAGUGCGUGCUAGGGGCUCGGCCUCUUGUUAUACCGACGCUGCUCGAUGCGUUCGUCAAAGCUGUGGCAGAGCAUGACUACCCUCGUAUCAAGGGCGCGAUGUUUGCCUUACUUUACGGCAGUCUGGCAAAGACAAUCAGCCGUGACUGGAGGUUUACGCCGAAGUUGAUCAAGGCGUUCAUCGAUGUCACUGGCGCCGACAAGCCAUCAGUCCAAAAGCUCGCUACAAACGCUACCUUCCAGGUGAUGGACAUGGGUAAGGCCAUGGAGCGCAUGGUCAUUCUCGACAAGGAAGUUGUUCAGGCAAUAGCCUAUGCUAUUGACUCCUCCGAGGACGAGGUCGUGCAGCAGAAGGUCACUAAGCGCCGCGAAUACAUCAAAGCGAAGCGCGCUCGCAUUGAGGGCAAGAAGUCUGACCUAUCGAAAGAGUUGGUCGAGAUUGCGAAGACGGAACAUUGGAAGAAGGUCAGCCGGACAGCAGCCAUUAUCGUCAAUCUCGGGAUGCGCUACGAUACCAUCGCUUCUGACGAGAUGGUGGACCUCGUCGCCAAGGGCGCGAUCGACCAGCAUCCCAGCUUACGAGGACUAUACGCCGGUGCGUUCAUUGGAUUGUUUUCGGUCAUUCAGACUCGUGCAAUCACUGGCCACAGCUACGAAAAGUAUUUGUUAGGCGCAGAAGAUCUGCCUGACAAAAUCUCUGUCCCUACUCGGCCAGAUGACCCGAGCUGGACUGAAGAGUAUCUCGACUCGUUCGCACAGCCUGAAGCAAAGUACUAUGUUGACUUUGACUACCCUGGAUGGCUGGUGUGGAACAAGACUAUGCCAGCUUUCCUGCCAAAUGCGCCCCAAGUACAAUACGACGGCACUGAGAACAAUGUCCGCCAGAGAAUUGCAGGCCAUCUGACACGAUCGUGGUUCUCCAACUACUUCGCAUUUAUGAAGCAGGAGCCCCGCGAUGCCAGCGCUGACCGUUUCCGCAUGUCCAGCGCGAUGCUGCUGACGCAUGCCUUUGAUCUCAUCUUUUGCGGCUUGACUGAAGCGACCUUUGAUGACAUCAAGGAUCUCACUGAGGCUGUGUAUAGCGAUGGAAGCGAUAAGCAUCAGCAUCGUGCAACUUCCGAGAUCAUGGCAGCGCUCCUGUCUUGUGCACCUGACCUGAAGCCUGAACAGCGCACUGAAGUCUGGGAGUACGUCUUCCCUAUCGUUCGUGGAAUCUUCCAGGACGGCCUCACACCUGAGAACUCGGGCUACUGGACAACUUUCCUGCAUGUUGUCCUACAGUCCAAGGACCCUCGCCGAGGAUGGCCCAUGGUCGACUGGCUUUCAAGUUUCCGCCUUGACAUGGACUCGAAUGCUGCUUUCAAGGAGAGUUCCAAGGUGCACCUGUUGAAUCAGAUGAUUAGCGAUGCAGGCUGGCACUUCCGUUUGGACGCGCCGAUCUUGGAAGAUUUCAUGAAGCACCUCGAUCAUCCUUACAAGGGUGUUCGUGAAGCCAUGGGGCAGACUAUCGCUACGAUCUACCGCACACGCUACCAUGAGUCGUACAAGGAUGUCGCAACUCUGAUCAAAGCACAGAAGGACGCCUCAUCAAUUGGUCUACGGCCUUACCAGCCAUCAGAUGAGUUUUCCGCCACGAUCACCGAGACUUUUGACCGCCUCGAGGCUUGGCGUCACCAGCGCGAGCCCGGUCAACAAACACCCUCGUCGUAUACCUCGGGUGGAAAGACCGUACUCUUGUGGCUGGACUCGACGCUCUCCUCCUAUGAAUGCACUCAGCUUGUCAAAUUCUUCCCCAACGUCUUCAUGGAGCAACUUCUGCACAUGAUGGACAUCAAAGAAGACCCUGAGCUGCAGUCUCUUGCAUAUCACGUCUUCCGUCAUCUACCGAAUAUUCCACAGCGUGAGGGCGAAGAUUCAGAGUUCAUCGCCGCACUCAUUAGAAUUGGCAAGACCGCGACGAGCUGGCACCAACGUCUGCGCAUUUUGAUCAACGUUCAGGUGAUCUACUUCAGGCGUCUCUUCCUCAUGAGCGUAUCGCAACAGCAAGAGUUGUUCGACUGUGUAUCAUCCAUGCUCAGCGAUACGCAACUGGAAGUCCGCAUGGGCGCUGCCGCAACGCUUAGUGGUAUGAUCCGCUGCAGCCCCCAAGCUUUCCGCGAUAAGCAAGUCGAAACAUUGAAGAAGCGCUUCACCACCCAGCUCACAAAGAACCCACUUCCAAAGAAGAAGGCGUCAGUUCCUGGCACGCCAUCUGCAGACCAGAACAAGCUUGUGUUGACGCGUCAUGCUGCUGUCCUAGGAUUGGGUGCUCUGGUACAGGCGUUCCCGUAUCAGUCUCCCCCUCCAGCAUGGCUCCCCGAGAUUCUAGCAGCACUAGCACGUAAGGCGAGUAUGGAUCCCGGUGUGGUAGGCAAGAGUGUCAAGUCGGUUUUGUCAGACUUCAAGAAGACGAGGCAAGACACAUGGCAUGUUGAUGUCAAGGCGUUCGAGCAAGAACAGCUCGAAGAUCUGGAAGGUGUAUUGUGGAAGAGCUACUUUGCUUAGAAGAUUACAGCCCCAUGCGUUGAUAGAGUGUACAACAACACGAUGUGGCGGCCGUAGUUGCACUUCAGACCAUCGAUCUGG